UGUGUUUACGGGGUGAGGAAAUGGUAAAAAUUGGCAUGGCCGCUGGUGUCUGUCGAUUAAAAAUAUACAAAAAGUCCGAUAAAUAUACGUUGAAGCGUAGGAGUGCGUAAGGUUCCGGGAAAAUUUGGCAGGCGUUUUCCGAACGGCGUUGAAACAAUACAGUGCAACAAGACAACAUAAUACUGAAAAAAAUGAGAAAACGACACAGAAAAUUUGGAUAAUACCUAGUGAAGUGCUGGGAUGUGGUAGUGUAGUGUUUUUAUAGUUUAUAAGAGAUCAAACUUCUAAGAAUAAUAGUGACUAACAAGUGUCAUCAUGUCUUUUUUUAACAAUAUCAAAAAAGUGUUACAUUUCGGAGGCAAUGACGCGAAAAAGAAGAAAGUGUACAACAAUGUGCGUAUGGAGACUGAUCCGGAGGAGUACUGGGACAUGAUAGGGGAGCUAGGUGAUGGAGCUUAUGGCAAAGUUUAUAAGGCCCAAAACAAGCAUACCGGCCAGUUAGCCGCUGCCAAAAUGUGCCGGUUAGAUGGUGAAGACGACCUGUCUGAUUUUAUGGUUGAAAUUGACAUUUUAACGGAGAUUAAACACACUAACAUAGUUGAAUUAUUGGAAGCUUUUCAGAAGGACCAACAGUUGUGGUUGUUGAUAGAGUAUUGUGAUGGAGGUGCCUUAGACAGUAUAAUGGCCGAACUUGAGAAACCCUUGACUGAACCCCAAAUUGCUUACGUGUGCCAGAAUAUGAGCAAAGGACUGCAUUUCCUGCAUAAAAGUCAUGUGAUACAUCGAGAUUUGAAGGCUGGGAAUGUCUUGUUGACUAUGGCUGGAGGUGUGAAGCUUGCUGACUUUGGGGUGUCAGCCAAAAACAAGUCCACCCUUCAAAAACACGAUACAUUCAUAGGAACACCAUACUGGAUGGCUCCAGAAGUAGUGCUUUGUGAAACCUUCAGGGACAAUCCUUAUGACUUCAAGGUUGAUAUAUGGUCCAUGGGCAUCACGUUGAUUGAGUUCGCCCAAAUGGAACCUCCAAACCAUGAAAUGUCACCAAUGAGGGUACUGUUGAAGAUCCAGAAAAGCGAUCCUCCAAGACUGGAACAGCCGUCAAAGUGGUCAAAGGAUUUCAACGAUUUUAUAGCCAGGGCGUUGAUCAAAGAUCCCCAGAAAAGGCCGACGUGUGAUGAAUUGUUGAAGCAUCCCUUCAUCAACCGAACUUUGGACUCGAAGCCUGUCACCGAUCUGUUGCUCGAGUACAAGGCUGAAGUGGUUGAAGAGGAGUUGACAGAUGAUGAUCCUGAGGACAACCGAAUAUCUCAAGUGCCUUUGGACAUAGAGGAGGAUGCUGCAUCGGUGCAGAGCAAUGAUACAGAACAUAAAGAAUCCCUUGUACCGACUGGAGAAAAAGAUGAUAAGAAAGUCGCUGUACCUGCUUCUAUACCUACAGAAAAGAAAACACCUUCAGCGGACAAGAAAGAAGACGCCCACCGCCGAUCCUCCCACGAGAAAGGUCCAGCCCCUCCGCCACCUUUCCAAUCGCAGACCUCGACGGAGAAAGAAAAAGGUCCGGCUCCGCCUCCUCCACCCACUGUGGUACCUCCUCCACCUAUGGAAGUACCUCCGAGCGAGAAGAAGCCUGGACCGUCCUCCUCGCAGCCUCUGGCCGUGCCCGUUCAUCAGGCGGCGCAAGAGGAGGGAAGAGCGCCUAUACCGCCUGCUCCUGUUCUUCCAUUGAACUCGGUGACGUUGCCCACGCCUCCCGCGUCGCCUGUCACGCCCCCUGACACCCCUCCCGAGCAGAGAGUUCCUAUCAGGGUGGCAGAUAUUCCUUUACCGCCAGUGCCAGUUAAAGAUGAAACUAGAGAUCAUCCCGAAGACGCUAACAGGUCAUCUAACAUAGCCCAGGUCAAGAGGGCUUUGGAAAAUCAGUUAGGAAAACGCUUAUCUCAGGAAAAACCUAUGCACAGUGUAGGUGAUAAUAUUGUUACAGUCAACAGCUCGACUGGUACUACUCCAGAAGACAGCAUGAGCUUCGUUGUAGUUUCCACUCCACAGUCUGAAAGGAGCAAAAAUACGUCUACUAUAACUAUUAAUUCCGAUUUACCUGAUCCGUCCAAUAGUUUAGCUUCAAAUAUUAGCCAGGUAACCGUGGUAACUACCCAUCCUCCAGUUAUAAUAGAUAAUUCCAUGACCAUAUCGCGGACUUCUUCGACUUCUCCAUCUAAUCACAGUUCGAGCGAAGUCGUCAUAGUGGCCAACGAAACGAACAAAACUCACGUCGAGUCUUCGGACGAUGAGUUCUGUCCGUCCUUGGACUCGCUGGAGUACCCCCCUCCUAGUGAGUUCAGAGAUAAGCCGCCGGUGCUGAGUUCCAAAGGCAAAAAACUCGAUGAAAGCGAGGUAUUAAUAACAGAUUCCAGUUACGUCAUCAAUGACUCUGGACUGGAUGUUUCCGACAAUUCAAGGCUUUUAGACACCAGUCAUGUGUCAGUUGUCAAAAUUGACGAAGAAAAAGUACAAGUUAAGGAUUCUACGUCUUAUAUCAUAGAUAAAUCGGGUGACACUUUCAGAAGUUCGACCAGCGAUCUGUCAAAUGCCAGUUCCGGGAAAUCGGGCAGUACUAAGAGCGACUACGGAGACGAUACAAGAGGUACUUCAAUUAUCUUGGAUAACUUUAAGAUGAACGGUAGGAUCAUCCACGCUCACAACAACGAUAGAAAUGCCCUCAACGGUAAAAUAUACAACGAUAACUACGAAUCAGCCACCAGCGACAGGUCUCACAGCGAUUGUGGCUCGGUGAGAAGCACAGAUUCCCAUCAGAGACCGCCAGUAUCAGUCAGCAAGUCUGACAUUGAAAGCAUUUCAAUCGCCAGUCAUGAGAGCAGAGGCAGCAACGGAAAAGAUUCAGUAAAGAACGACGAUGAGAACGAAGACCAAGCUGUCAUUCUCCGCAAGCCGCCGAAAACUCAAGCUCAAACCAUCGCCAUGAUGAACAGAAAGACUAGAAAACGUACCAGGAAAUUUAUCAUAGAUGGCGUCAUGAUCACGACCACAACGAGCAAGGUUAUAUACGGAGAUGAAGAUAAUCCUCAGUGGGAUCCGCAUAAUGACAGGAAACAAGAACUAAGGGAACUGAAGUACUUACAGAAACAGGAGCAGAAACAGUUCCAGGACUUGGCCGCUAAAGAGAAUCUUGCUCUGGAACAGCAGGAGAGAAAGUUUGAGCAGGAGAAGCUUAAUCUGGAAAGGACGUAUGAAAAUGAUUUGGAUUUGCUCAGUAGGCAACAAAGAUUACAAAUAGAAAGAGCCGAAGCUCACCAGGACGCCGAUUUAAGAGCCACAUCGAAGAAAAUAAGAGGCGAACAAGAACGCGAGUUAAAAUUGUUCAGAGAUGGUUUGAAACAAGAAUUGAGGCUUCUCAAGGCUGAAGUGGAUAUGAUGGCCAAGGACAAGCGCAAGCUGGAAUUUAAAGUGCGCAAAGAAAAAAUGGACGCAGAACACGCCGAAAGGGAGAGGACAUUUUUGGAGAGGCUCAAUGAGAACCAUGAGAGUUCUUUGAGGAGAUUGAGCGACUCUCAUAGGGAAAAGCUGGCUUUGAUGGAGAGGCAGUUCUUGCAGCAGAAACAGCAGCUAACCAGGACGAGAGAGGCAGCAUUAUGGGAGAUAGAAGAACGCCAUAUCCACGAGAAACAUCAACUAAUGAAGCGUCAGAUCAAAGAUAUCUUUAUUUUACAGAGGCAUCAAAUGUUGACGCGUCACGAAAAAGAACAGGACCAAAUCAAACGGCGAGCUCUGAGAAAGGAAGAAGAAUUAUUGAAGAAGCAACAAACUGAAAAACGGAAUCUUCCCAAGAGGAUAAGGAGCGAAAUGAAGGCCAGAGAAGCCAUGUUUAGAGAAUCCAUGAGGAUAUCCGUAAUGGGAGCGUCUAGCGAUCCGGAAUUGGAGAAAAACAAAUUCAAAGAGUUUCAAGAAAAGGAAAAGAAACGUUACCAGGCUGAACAACAGAGGUUUGAACUCAAGCAUAAACGACAGCUGGAAGAACUCAGGGCGAUGAGCGAGGCCACUAUAAAAGAACUGGAACAGCUACAGAGUGAGAAAAAGAAGAUGCUUGUAGAACAUGAAUCUUUGAAGCUGAAACAGAGGGAAGAGCAAUUUACUGUAGAGCUAAAAGAAUGGAAAGCGCAGUUGAAGCCCAGAAAACAGCGUCUGGAAGAGCGCCUCAUGAUGUCCUUCAAGUCCUGCAAGUACGUCGCCUACUUACCCAGACUACUCCUGGACGGUUCCGGUAGUUCCACGGACUACGACUCGGUAGAAAUCUCCGGGCCCGUCUCCGUACCCUCCAGCCCGUUCACGACGCGCAGAACCACCGCCUGGGGGCACCAACGAACCUGGAGUACCGGCGUGUUGCGGGAGAGUACCAGCACGGACUUCGUGGGCCGGGUACAGAACAGGGUGGAGUUGAAGGAGAGAGGGGAUAUUGACGAUUCGGCGGCUUGAGAAGGGACUGGGUGGUUCUAAACUGGAGGAGACCUUCAUGCAACAGCUGGAGGAACAGGAACGCAUCUACGGCCCGAUGGGCGCGCCCUUGACCUUACCCCCUGACCUUACCGACCUCAACACCGAUUCCUGCAGCAGAAUAGGCUUGAGUUCGACCAGGAGCAGCCUUAGUUCAAUGUCGGAAGGCUGAACAUCUGACAUAACCCAAAAGAUUCAACAUUUUUUGGAUACUUUGUUCGAAAGGGUUCAGUAAAGGAAAGGGUUCAACCUUAGUUCAAUGCAUCUAACAUAACCUAAAAAUGUUUUCAUUAAAAAAAGGGUCGAAUUCAGGGUAUGAUUGGCUCAAAGCAAGAAGAAAGCACGUAUUUAAGAGUUAACAUUUAGGGUAUUUUUAUUAUUAUUGUUUGGUCCAAUCAUACUACAUGAUUCUUGAAGGAUAUACAGGGUGGUUUAUUGUUGCGAUAAAGUUCUGUCAGGUUUCUGUUUGAAGUUUUAAAAGUUAAUUAAUAGAUCGAAAAAAAAAACAGCGUCAAAGAGGUCUUGGAAAUCGUCAUUUCCAAGCCAAGUUGACGCCGUUUUUUUUUGUAAUACAUAAUUAUAGUUUUUAAUGAACGUUUUUUUAAAUAUGACAUUUUUGACAGUUUUUCUUCUAUUUUUAAUGCAUUUCAAUUUGAAUAACUGUAGAGCAGUGUCUUUUUCAAAACUACAGAGUGUGUUAGAAAGUUUGCAACAAAUGGGAACACUUUUUAUUAUUGAAUUAUUGAAAAAAAAGUUAUAUAGAAUUUCUUAAGCGUGUUUAAUGAGGAAACAAAUUAUUUUGACACAUCAUGUGAUAACUGUCAUGGUUUCAAAAUAUAAAAAUAUUCUGUACGUUUGCAAAAAGUGGGGUUAUGUGACAAAAUACCAGAAAAAAUCAAAGAAAAUAAAAGUUGUGAAAAGAAAAUAUUCUACGUUUAUGUACCUAGUUUCAUAAAUAUACAGGGACUUUCAAGCCAUUGGUAUUUUUAAAAAUUCCAUUUUUUGUGUUACACAAUAAUUAUUUACAGAAACAUGAAUAAAACAUAUUAUAUUG